UUAUUUAUGUAGUCGGUAUUACAGAUGUCAAUAAAAGUAGUGUUGACAUCAUUUUUUUUAAAGAAAUUUUUGCAAAUUGUUUUUGUUUAAUAAAAUAUUGUAAUUGUGUUAAAAAUUGCAUACCAUGGAGGCUUUGGAUAUUUUAGAAAAACGCAUAGAUACCUUGUCCCGUAUUAUAGGCAAUGUUCCCGAACAAAAUGCCGCUUCUGCAAAUGCUGAGGGUGAUUCAACAAAAUUGGCUGGAGAGAAUAUUGUUGACUCUUUAGUCUCAGCCAAUAAUAUUUUAAAUGAAGCUAUUUCUGGGCGUGAACAAAUAAAAAAGAUUGUCAAUAGAUCCGAUGAGUUGGAAAAGUAUCUAGAUCCUCAUUUCCUAGAAGAAAAUCAACAAGUCCGAGCUAAAGAAGUCUACCUUAAUGCAGUGGGUCAUGAAUUGCAUACACAAUUUCAACAAUUGGAUAAAAUCAAAGAACUGGAACCAACAUUAGGUGCUGAAUAUUUUCGUAAUAUUCCUGGUGAAUGUGUGGAUAAAUUAAAGCAAAUUAGCCAGGAUAAUGGAGAAUUUGCCCAACAGGCUGAACUUAUUGAAGAAAGUCUAAUAUUGGCCAUGAAACGUUAUGGUGAGAUACAAUCAGGACUCUUGGAGUCACUCAACACUAUGAACAAACGUUUGGAGGCGGUGGAGGAAAAGAUGCAAUUGAAGAAAAAGGAAGAUAUGGAAAAGGAUUUGGAUGUUGAGGAAACGAAAUAGUAAUAUUCAUUUAAAAGUUUAGUAUUAAAAUUCCUUAUAUAUUUAUAGAAAUAACACAAAUAUAGACACAAAACCGAUAAA